AUAGCCGCCUGCAUCUUCACUCUACACACAACAGCUGUAUACAAUAUCCUAAAUUACGCUUUUCUAUAAAGGAUAUGCAGCUCUUGCUCUUCCUUUUUGCUGUUUUUGGAACUGUUCGAGGUAAAAAUUCUUUUAAAGUUGUCAUAUUGAAAAUGAGAACUACGAGAGACUUUAAUACAAAUAAUCAAUUAAUAUAAAAGGACACGGCGUCUUCCUUUCCAUUAAAUCGGAUCACCGCAAACCAAUUUUAAUCAAAUUGGAAGGCAAAUCCAGUAUACAACAAAGUUAUUCAGGAGGUAACGCAUUACAAACUUUUCUUAGAUAAAAUUUAUCAUAAUUAAAAAAUGAAUUAAAACGUAUUAUCAUAAUAAAAUGGAGUGAGAAUAACAUCAAUUUCUAUUUGUUUAUAUCAUCCAAUAUUAGUAUUCUUACACGAACAUGGGAGAAGGGACGUCUACCUAGCUCACAUUCCACUAAGAAACUUCCUUCUACAUUUUCAUCACGCUUAUAGGCCUAAGAAAAUUUGUAUAUUUCGUCUAUUCAAGAAUUGUGUAGUGGUUGAAAAGAAAACAGUACCAGUAAAAUGGUGCGACCGAUUGGAUAUUUCCACCCAUACAGUACGAUUUAUAAGUUAAUUUAAAAGAGAACUCAGCAUAAUCAUCCAAAUAUGAUUUUAAAAUUAUAGUAAUAUUAACAAUUAACUGAAUUUUUCUUACCUUUUUUUUUUAUUAAAAAAAAGUGUUUUUUAUAACUUUAUUAAAAAAAAAACAAAACAAAAAAGCUUUAAAUAACCGAUUAAAAACUUUUUUCUUCUCUUUUUUUUUAUUUCUAACAAGUGAAUGUGCGCUUAAUUAUAUAAAUCUGCUACUAAGUUUUUACCACGUGUUUCAACACUUGGUUAUAUUGAAAGAAAACAUACAACUCAACAGUAGACUUUUUUAAAAAGCUUAUUAAAGAUGUCCUUGACAUUAAAUUAUAAAGAUAUGAUAAAAGAAUUAUGAUAAUGAACACCAGCGAGGGCGUAAAACUCUACAAACGAGUCGACGAAAGGAGGGUAUUGAGACAGUUUGGAUGUAAGCUGACGGAUAUGAUGGUUGAAGAUGAACGUAGACGCUCUUCAGCAGCUCAAGUUAACUCUAACGAUCUUGUAAGAGCGUUGAGAGAUCUUCAAGCAGAUAUGAGGAACCAAGCAGUUGAGACUAGAAAUUUGAGAUUACUGCUAUCCAAAUGCGACUUAUGUAAAGACGCUAGUCCUUGUGCUUCUCAAAGGCCGUGCUUUCCCGGUGUUACAUGCGAGGAUCAUGAUGACGGAUCAUAUACAUGUGGCGAUUGUCCUUCAGGCUUUGUGGGAAAUGGAAAAGAAUGCGAACGUAUUAGACCAUGCUCUAGACGACCUUGCUUUCAUGGGGUAGCUUGCGAAGAUAGAGACGAUGGAGGUUUUGUGUGUGGUAGAUGUCCAGAGGGCUAUCAUGGAGACGGAAGAGAUUGUCGCGAAAUUCGGGGUUGCGAUAGUAAUCCUUGUGAUCGACGGGUUAGGUGUAGGAAUUUAGAUGGUGGCCGCUAUGAAUGUGGUCCAUGCCCUAGAGGUUAUUAUGGCAAUGGUAUAGUUUGUAUAGAAGUUCCUGAAAGAGCAUGCCGCAAACGUCCUUGCUUUGACGGCGUUGUAUGCGAAGAUUUAGAUAAUGGAGAAUAUAGAUGUGGAAGAUGUCCGGAUGGAUAUGAGGGAAAUGGUGUAAACUGUCAACCAAUGUCAGCCUGUGCACGAAAUCCAUGCUUCAAAGGUGUUGAAUGUAGAGAUCUUAGUGAUGGACGAUACGAAUGUGGACCCUGUCCUAGAGGUUAUUCUGGAAAUGGUCGAGAAUGUUACAGGUACCGUCCUUGCGAUGAUCAUCCUUGCUUUGGUAAAUGUUAUAAUAAAGAAGACGGACUCUUUGAAUGUGAGCCAUGUCCUGAUGGUUAUGUUGGUAACGGUCGAGUCUGUCAACGGAACACCGCCUGCGAGAGUAGCCCAUGUUAUAAUAGAGUUCGCUGUUUUGAACUAGUCAGUGGAGGUUUUAUGUGUGGAAGAUGUCCAGAUGGAUAUGUCGGAGACGGUGUUGGUCCAAGAGGAUGUGAAAGAAUGAGGACUUGUCGGGAUAGACCUUGCUAUCCUGACACAACUUGCACUGAUUUAGAUAAAAGACGAGGAUUUUUCAAAUGUGGGCCAUGUCCGAUGGGAUUUACUGGAGAUGCUAUUGGAAGAGGCGGGUGCCGUAAAGUUACUUGUGACGAUGACACAUUCUGUUACCGGGGGGUUGUUUGCUACAAUGAGGCUAGUGGUCCAAGGUGUGGACCCUGUCCUACUGGCUAUACUGGUCAUGGUAUUGGACCCAAUGGUUGUAGGCCAAUAAGUUGUAGAGACAAUCCAUGCUUCUUGGAUGUUCGCUGCGAAGAUCUAUCUUCAGGCUACAGAUGUGGAUCUUGUCCUCCUGGAUUAGUUGGUGAUGGCGAAGUGUGUAGAGCCCGAAGAUGUAACGACUCUCCUUCACCCUGCUUUUCUGGUGUUGAAUGCAGAGAUUCUGAUUUUGGGCCAAAGUGUGGCUCAUGUCCUAGAGGGUACUGGGGAGACGGAAGAGAUUGUCGCAAAAUCAGAUGUAACGACUAUCCUAGUCAAAGACCACCUUGUGACUUACGAGUUGAUUGUCGGGAUACUGAACAUGGGCCAGUUUGUGGAAAGUGUCCGGCCGGAUUAAUUGGAGAUGGUAUAGUUUGUCGAUUAAGAAAAUGUUCUGAUGCUCCUAAACCCUGCUAUCAUAAUGUGGAGUGUGAAGAUACUCUAUAUGGUCCGAGGUGCGGAGAUUGUCCUCGAGGUUAUUGGGGAGAUGGUCGAAACUGUAAACAAAUCACCUGCGAAAACUACCCAAGCAAUAGACCCCCGUGUGACUACCGAGUUACUUGCACUAAUACACCUAAUGGACCAAUAUGUGGAUCCUGUCCAGACAAAUUUACUGGUGAUCCUACUAGGCGUUGUAUACCUAUUAAAUGCGAGACUCAUCGUUGUCCAAAUGGAAUGAAAUGCAUCGACACUCCUAACGGUUAUGAAUGUCAAAAGUGUCCAAAAAGAUUUAGUGGCGAUGGUAAAAUAUGUCGACCUAUCAGAUGUGCUGAGAAUCCUUGUGCCUCUGGGGUUAAAUGCCGGGACACAGCUAAUGGAUAUGUUUGUGACGACUGUCCAUUAGGAACAAAGGGAGACGGCGUUAAUUGUAUUGAUAUUGAUGAGUGCCGAGAGGAACAACCUUGCGACAGGUUAACGACUUGUAUUAAUUUACAGCCUGGUUAUCGAUGCACGGAAUGUCCUAGCGGUUAUACAGGUUCAGCGUUUCAGGGAAUAGGCAUACUUGAUGCAAGAAGAAAAAAACAAAUUUGCACAGAUAUUAAUGAGUGCAUGAUAAACAAUGGUGGUUGUACGGCCAAUUCCGAGUGUAUAAACACACCUGGAUCAUCCAGGUGUGGAGAGUGUAAAUUUGGCUACGAAGGAAAUCAAUUAUACGGUUGUAAAAGGAAAGAGGGACUAUGUCCUGAUGGUAAAGUUAUUUGCGGAAGUAACGCAGAAUGCGUUCUAAUGUACGGACAGAGCGGCUAUAUGUGUCGUUGUAAGCCGGGCUAUGCUGGUAAUGGCAAAAUUUGCGGACUUGAUACUGACGAAGAUGGCUUCCCCGACACUUCCUUACAAUGUCCAGAAGCCAACUGUAGAAGGGACAAUUGCCCCACAGUCCCAAAUAGUGGUCAGGAAGAUGUAAAUAAUAACGGUGUGGGUGACGCAUGUGAAGAUGACUCAGACAAUGAUGGUAUACGUAAUGCGGACGAUAAUUGUCCAUAUAUCCCCAAUAAGGAUCAAAGAGAUCAGGAUAAAGAUGGAAUAGGCGACGUUUGCGACAAUUGUAAAUUCAAAGCAAAUAAAAAUCAAAAUGAUAUGGAUCGUGACGGCGUAGGUGAUGCGUGCGAUAGCGAUAUCGAUAAUGAUGGAAUACUUAAUGAAAAUGAUAACUGUCCUUAUGUGAAAAAUCGGCACCAAUUGGAUAGAGACAAAGACAGCAUCGGUGACGCCUGUGAUAACUGCCCUGAUGAACCUAAUAAAGAUCAAGCAGAUAAUAAUAAAAAUAGGAUUGGAGACGCUUGUGAAGGCUUUUCAGAUAGGGAUAGAGACGGCAUACCAGAUAGAAAUGAUAAUUGUCCAGAUCACAGAAAUCCAGAUCAAUUGGAUACGGAUGGAGACGGAAUGGGCGAUGAGUGUGAUCCUGAUGAUGAUAACGAUAAAAUUCUAGAUGAUAACGACAAUUGCCGUUUAGUAUAUAACCCGGACCAACGCGAUGCCGAUAACGACGGUCAAGGUGAUGCUUGUGACAAGGAUUGUGACGGUGACAAUCAGCCAGACCAUUUGGACGUUUGCUACAGAAAUAAAGAAAUAUUUGAUACUGAUUUUAGAAAUUAUACCCAGAUUAUGCUUGAUCCUAAAGAGGACUCCCAAGAUGAUCCAGAUUGGGAUAUUAGGGAUAACGGAGCCGAAGUUAUACAGCAUAUUAACAGUGACCCUGGUUUGUUUGUCGGAUAUCAUCGUUUUGCUGGCGUUGACUUUGAUGGAACAUUCUACGUUGACUCUAAAGUUGACAAUGAUUAUGCCGGUCUUGUAUUUGGCUAUACAAAUAGCAGUCACUUCUACGCUGUUAUGUGGAAGAGAGGAAAACAGACCUAUUGGGAAAACACUCCUUUUAGAGCAGUUGCUGAACCAGGUGUUCAUAUUAAAGUUGUUCACUCAGGAACUGGACCGGGACCUAUGAUGAGAAAUUCAUUAUGGCAUAGUUUUAGUGUUCCUGGGCAAACAACAACUCUAUGGAAAGAUUCAAAUGGUAUCUCAUGGAAAAUGCGAAGAUCUUAUAAAUGGAAAUUACAGCAUAGACCAGACUUUGGUUAUAUUAGAUUACAAAUUUUCGACGGUAGCGUUAGAAUAAUAGAUUCUGGUCACUUAAAGGAUACAACAUUUAUCGGAGGUAGUCUAGGUCUUCUAGUAUUUUCACAAGAAAAGGUUAUAUUUUCGCAGUUGAGCUACAGGUGUCUAGAUGAUCUACCUGACGGCGUUAAUAAUAACAAGUUUCCUAGACUACAUGCAGCAUCUAAGAGAAGGUGCUAG